CUUGAUUCGCCAAUUUGGUCCUUUAGUAGCCUUAUGGUCCAUGCGCUUUGAAGCUAAGCAUAGCUUUUUUAAAAGAGUUGCACGAAAUAUCAAGUGCUUUAAAAAUGUCCUCUGUUCCCUUGCAGAGAGACACCAGUAUCAGAUGGCACAUCAUUUGCAUUUAUCUGGUUUUCCUAAACCUCUUUUGGAAGUUACAAAUGUUUCCACAGUAACAACUGAUGUUCUCGACAAGGGAAUAGUAAAUGCUCUAAAACAGAAGUUUUCAAAUCUGGCCACAGUGUGCAUGACUAAAAGUGCAACAUUUAAUGGACUGAAGUACAGAUGCGGGAUGAUCUUGAUCCAUGGCUCAUUAGGAGGAUUACCAGAGUUCAUUGAAAUAAUCCAAAUGGUGAUCCUGGCAAACCAGUUAUUCUUUCUGGUCAGAAAACUUGAGGGGUGGUAUGUUGAGCAUUACAGAUCUUAUGAGCUGAAAACAUCAGACAAAGAACUGAAACUGGUUGAGCUACAAGACCUAACAGAUGUAUACCCGCUGGAAGACUACAGAAUUAGAGGAAUACGUCUUGUUACUGUGAAAAGAUAUAUUCACGUUUAAGGGUGAGGUAAUACAAGAUUGUACAAAAAAUUAAAUGCGUGGUACAAAAGACUUUUGUGUUUGUAUGGCUGAACUUAAAAUACAGUAAUAUUUUAAUAACUACCUUAAUAUUUUUUUGGCCCUCUACAAGCAAAUGUCCAAACAUUUGACUAAUAAUGUAUAUAAAAUAUUUUGUAAUGACUUUAAAUAGCGACCAGCAUUGCUUAACUCUGUAUGUACCCUUUUCUCAGAUUGUCAUGGCAAGUUCAAAACCUGCAAGACUGAAGGUGAUUCUAGGAGAGAGCAACACUGAAAAACUGACUCUUCCAGAUGGCAUACCAGACUCUCUGGAUGAGCUUCUCAGCAAGGUGAAGGAUACCUUUGGUUUAAAGACCAAUGUCAGAUUGCAAUAUAUGGACAAAGACUUUGGUAAUGACUUCUUCAACCUCAGCUCAACUUCUGACCUGGAGGACUUGGGAACAGUCAAGGUGAUUCAAGAAAAAGCCAUUCAAACUUUUGUUGAUGUCAUUGAAACAGCUCCAUCUUGUUCUACAGUUCACUCUGACGACAGCAGUUCUUUAGCCUCAAAUGACACUAUAAUCCUCUCCUCCCCUGAACCCUUGUCAUCGCGAACACAACAAUGGCCAGCCAACUUUCCCAUUCCCAUAUUUUCAUAUGACACUGAACGUCAGCUAGAGAAGGGGAAUUCUGAGUAUCAAGCAAACAACAAAAUGUUGACAGUCACCUCCCGAAUGAAGACUGACAUCCUAAAUAGAUUAGUAGAAGAGAUCUACAGAUACAGAGCCUACCCAGAGGAUGCACAGUUCUGUGUAGUUGCAGAGGCCUUGGUUAAAAAACAUCCGUGUUUAAAAGAGCCCGGUUCAUUCAAUGGUUGCUACGGUUGGAAGCAAAGGCUGAAGUACAAAAUGGGAAACUACAGGACUCUACUCAAAUCACAAGGAUGUCCAGAGUUGUCUGUAAACUCUCUUAAAUCCAAAGCUAGUAUUUCUGUUUCUCCUGCUGCAAAAAUAAAGAAGCCAAGACGAGCUGAAGCCAACUUUUAUCCAUCCUUUCCAUUGGGAGAAACACAAGAAAGCAUGGAAAAAGAGAGAAUUGAACUCUUGGCAGCACUCAAAAGGAGGAACAAUGACAGGGUCAUUGCGGAGAAAAUGGCUCGUACCUUUGCCUACAGGCGUCAGGAGGUGGUGAAUGAAGAACCUGGUAUAGAGGAUUUCAAGGACAGAUGGCCUGCUCUGUUCCAACAGAAAGAGAUUAAUGCGGAGUUCCAGAGGCUCAUGGCUCUUCCCCUUGAGCAGACGUUCUUGGCCCAGUUGGACAGGCACUCAAGUCAGCUGAUUAAAGUCAUCCAGGCCAAAGGAGGAGCAACACGUGCAAAAAUGGCUGGCAUCAUGAGAACUUAUGAUGAGGUUGAAGACAUUGGGAUUCGAAGAGAAUGUGUUCUGAAAGGGCUCGUCACCUUUCUUGGAGAGGAUGCAAAAGACCUUAUUAAGGAAUACUGUGGCAGCAGCGGAGAUGAUGCCCAGAUGGAACUCAAACAACUCACCAUGGCAGUGUUUGUGAUUCGGAAGGAGGGAGAGGGAUUGAAAGAACCCCCAGAAGACAUUGGCAUCGUCAUUGAGGGAGUGGAGGUGUUGCAGAACCUGACUUCAGUUGCCUCAGCAUGUGCCCUGCUUCUGGGUUUGAUAUAUUCCCUUAACUUGGCUUAUCCAAAGGCUCUGCGCUUCACAUUUGAAGUGUUCCAAAAAAUCUUCAUGCAGCUUGAGCAGCACAAGAUGUCUCCCAAAGUUCAAAAUUUGUUUGGAAGACUUCAGACCUCACAGUAAAGACACUGGCAUGUUGUGCAACAGGACAGAAGAUCUUCAGUCUUCUUUGUUUGGACAGAAGAACGCCAUGUUUUGGAAGCUUAACACCUCAAGGAACUGCACUUUGUGAACUUCUUUUGGGACAUUGUUCAUAUUAAAGCCACAAGUAAUACAGAGUUUACUGGAUAACAAUUGACCGGUAUUUCUGGAGGAUGUUUACUGAUGAGGUUGUGAUGAACAUUAUCAUUUUGGGAGUAGGUCUUUUUUGUUUUUGACAUUUCAUAAAGUUACAUGGUUCAUCUCUUUGGUUUUGUGUGGGGAAAAAAUACAAGUUAAGGGGGAAAAAUUAAAGUAGGAAAGUAGUAGGCUGCUGCAGUUUGUGGACAUUUUCACAGAAUUUUCUUUUUGCAUUUUUUUUAAAAAUUUGAAUCAACAGAUUUGUUCAGUGUUUUUUGAAGGAGGUUGAAUGGAUCUAGAUCAUAAUGUUUACUAUUCUGUUCUUUUCUGGUGUCAGUUAAAUUAACGGACUUGGUUUAAACUAGGCAGCUAUUACACCACAUCUUUGUUUGAAAACUUGCCUAAAUAUUUUUUGGGUAUUGCUCUUGUUUUCAGUGUAAAAAUAGUCACUAGUGUCAUCAUAUUUUAUGUCAAAAACAUGUUCUCAGCAAAUGUUACGGUUUAAGAGUGUGGAUUUUCUUUUUUAGGAGGACUUGUGUUAAAUCUAAAAAAGCAAAAAAAAUUUCCUGAGGAAUACUUGUGUAUUCUACAACCUCACACAGGGGUGUCCAAGUCUUGUCCAGGAGAGCUACCAUUGUGCAACUUUCAGAUGGACCCUAUUUCAAUACCACCUGAAGCUAAUUUCUGAAUUUACACACCAGCAGACAUUCAGCUCAGCAGAGGCGUUGUAAUGAGCAGUUCAUUUGAUUCAGAUGUAUUGGAGAUGGGAUGCAUCUGAAAGUUGCAAGAUGAUGGCUCUCCAGAACUGGACUUGGGUACCUCUGAUCUAGCAGGUCGCUGAAAUGUAAUAUCCCUUAUGAAGUUUCAAAAGAUUUGUGUAGCAUGUUUAAUGCAUAAUAUUUUGUGAAAAACCUGUAAGUUU